GGCCUGUGCUCUCCAGGCUGCGGACGCGCGAUGGGCAGCGGGAGCAGCCGGAGUGGCCGGGUCCUGAGGCGGCGACGCAGCCCCGACAUCCUCCCGGGGCCUCCAGGAGAGUCAGCUUCCGAGGGCGGCACUGUGGACCAGGCCCCGGGGGCCACGGCGCAAGAGGAGACUGGCUGCAACCCCGGCCCCGCAGCGCCCGCCGACGGCCGGGAGGAGACCCUGCGCCUGCUGGACCAGCUGCUGGCCGAGUCCGCGGCCUGGGGACCCCAGGAGCCGGCCCCGCGCGGCCCCAGCCGACUCCGACCCACCGCGCGCGAGGGCAGCGAGGUGUUCCCAGAACAGAAGGUUGAGGACCACCCCAAAGACAGUGGUGCUUCUGAGGCUCCAGGCAGCAGCCACAAGAGGACUGAGGGGCAGUCGACCAUCUCCUAUGACUAUUCUGAAGAGGAGCUGAUGGCCAGCAUUGAGCGGGAGUACUGCCGCUGAGCUGGCGGAGCAGACCUGGUCACUACUGACCAGGCCUUGUGUGAACUGUGCAGGAGACAGAGGGCACCACUUUUCUCCACCUAUGCCCAGCCAGAAUGGAACCACCUCUGGAAUACAGCUACGUCUGGAUCGUCUAAAACUGAACUUUUCAGAGUCUCAGUCAGUCCUGCUUGGCUGUUGCUGGUCUGGCAGACUGAGGCUGAGGACAAGCAGAUGCGGGGCCACAUGUCUGGGACCUUCCUCUCAUUCUGAAGGGUGGCCUGGCUGUGUGGUUUCCCUGGAGUCCUAACUGCUUCUCCAGGUGGGGGAAAGGUGAAUCCCUCUUGGUAUCUGUGCCACAGGCCUUUGGAAGAUUCCAUCAAGUGUGUCCUUAUUCUCCACACUAAGGUUUCUCCAAAGGAAGACAGUUAACUCCAUGUGCAUAUGAAUGGCCCAAGGAUAUAGUUGGCAGGCAGACCCUGAGUGCAUAGGUCUUGGUAGGGCCGAAGACUGCAUUUCUAACAGCUCUGAAGUAAGGGGCAGGCUGCAGGUGCAAGGACUAGGGCCUGAGUUUCAGACUUUUCCUUAGCUCUUCUCCAAGCCACAGCCUACCAGAUUCCCCUGGUGGGAUGUGAAAGGAAGAAGGCAGUGGGAGGGGAGCCACAGACGGCUCUGAAAUCCCAGCUAUUAUAUUAACUUGCCAUGGGAUGCAGAGCUCACCCUACUCUCUGGGCCUCAGUUUUCCUCUCUGAGCGAGAGUCCUGGAGGAUUUUGGAGGCCCUUCUAACCCUGUUGGUCUGGCAGUGUCCAAGUCCCAGAUGCCAUUGUGGUGUGUGCCACUGCCUAUAGAACUGCUCUGGCUUCCUUCUGGCCAGCAACCUGGCUGAUGUGGGCCUCUUCCCCUUCUCCCUGCUUGGGUGGAAGGUAGUCACAAUAUUGAAGCCAAAGGAGCCCUCACACAUUCCCAGUUGACAGAUGAGAAAAUAUAGAGGGCUUCUGAGGAAGGAGGGCAGGCUUCUGUGGGACCUUCAGGGUGAGUCUUGCUCAGGUGUGUAGAAAGCAGGAGGCAGCCCCACCUGAAGAGCUGGUGAGAGCAAUGGUACAAAAGAGUUCAGGGAGCCAUGAGCGCUGGCACAUGUCUGGAAUCUCAGCACUCAUCAGACCAAGGCAGGAGGAUCAUUGUGCGUUUGAGGCUUGACCAGGCUAGGUAGUGAAAUCCUGUCUCAAAAAAGAGUGUGAGGGUCAAGGGAACAGCUUUUGCUGAGGAAAGAACAGGUCUCACCUUAUGCUGCAUUCCCCACCAACACAGCAGCCUCUCUCAGUUCUUACCUCUCCUGAGAACCACUGCCAGCCUACACAUCCUCAGAACACAGCCUGGAGCCACA